AUGUCCCGCCAAACCCCCCGCAAACGCGGCCACAACCGCCACCCCUCCAACGGCCCGCGCCCCGUCCAGUCCGACUACGAAUCCGACGCCGCGCACUACCUCGACACCCACCCCGUCCCGGACCCGAACCCGGCCCUCCUCCACCGCACAAACACCGACCUCAACCUCUCGGUCCUGCGCCGCUACCUCCCCUCCAUCAACGCCACCCUCUCCAUCGCCGCGAACGCCGUCGUCUACACCUUCAACCCCUCCCUGCCCGGCUGGGACAAGACCGGCAUCGAGGGCACCUACUUCCUCUGCAUGCAGGACCCCCUCCCUGGUGUACCUGCGGCCCCGCGCGCCUGCAUCUUCGUCCUCAACCGCCGCGGCCUCGAGAACGUCAUCCUCGACCUCGGCGAUGUCGCCGACUUCGAGGUCAUGGACGAGAUCUACAUCUUCCGCCUGCGCGGCGCCGCCGAGGAGAACAAGGUCAUGGGCAUCUGGAUCCACGCCGACAAGGACGACACCCGCGUCAUGAACGCCGCCAUGAUCGGCGAGACGCUGAAGCAGGUGCGCGCCUUCCAGGAGAGCGGCGCCGCCCAGCAGCUGCCGCCCCAGGCGGAGGAGCUCGGUCCCGCGAUGCAGGCAAUCGGAAGGAAGCUGAGCCUGAGCGACCUGUUUGGCGCGCAGAACGGCGUCAAGGGCUAG